GGUCUUUUGCAGGCUUGCAGGUUGAGGAGCACUAGACGCUGUGGAGUGGAGGGAGGCGGAGAUGGCGGAACAGUAGCCACCAUGAGCUCCUCCCACUCCCAUGCUCAUGGCGGCCUCCUCCCCACCUCCCGCCGCCGCUAGCAGCAGCGGGCGACUCGCCAGGGUGCGCCUCCACGACCUGGCGCCCUACGAUGGCGCCGCGACCCCCGCCUACGGCCGCGCCGUCCAUGCCCUCUCCGCCUCCCUCACCCGCCACGGCGCCGCCCUCCUCGACCUCCCCGACGCCCACGCCGCCAUCCUCCGCUGCGCCCUCCAAUCCGCUCGCGCCUUCUUCCGCGCCAACGACCAACCCGCCUUCUACCUCUACCGCGCAGGGGGCAGCGCAAGUAGGACAUCCGAUGACGGCGGCGGCGACCUGGUCCCUGCUUGCAUGGACGACGCCUUCAGGUGUUUCGGUGAGGCUGCCCGCGCUGCUCUCUCUGCGAUUGCUCGCCAUCUCCGACUUCGUACCAAUGUAUUCGACCACUUGCUCGAUGAUACUCCAUUGCCUGUUAAUGAGGUCUCAUCCUCGGAGUUGCUGGUGGCUUAUUCCAACCAACACCUCCACACCGAUCAUGCUUCUUCUACUGCCUGUCUCGGCUCUUCAGUGCCUCAAGUUGACAGGGGCUUCCUUGUGCUCAUUGCUUCUGAUCAUCCAGGAAUUGAGGUUUGUGACCCAAAUGGCCAAUGGUACCUAGCAGAUGGCAUUUCAGGGCCUGGUGACCUGUUGCUUCUGACUGGAAGGGCACUUAGCCAUGUUACUGCUGGUUUGCGCCCAACUUCUCGCUACAGGAUCACAAAUGAGACUAGAGCAUCACUCACCUUUAGGCUAAUGCCACAUGCCAAUGCUAUACUGGAUUGCUCUCCUAUUGCAGCAGCUGGGCACUGCGUACCCCAGAUGUACCAACCCAUAUCUGCAAGCCAAUUUAUGGAUGACUUGUGUGCUGAAGAACGUGCUGUUUCGAAUCAUUCGGAAGCACCUUCUGAAUCUCAGGGCAGCUUCAUUAGUGAACCAUCUCUCAGAAGUGUCCUAUCAGAUCCAUUGUCUGGGGCUUUUCUUGAGGAUGCUAUGGUUCUGUUAUGUGGACACUCUUUCGGUGGCCUCAUGCUGAAGAAAGUCAUUGAAAUGGCAAGAUGCACCAUUUGCAAUGGAGAAGUUGAUCCGGCCACCCUGUUUCCUAAUCUCGCUUUAAGAGCAGUAGCUACAGUGGUGAAGAUGGAAGAUGAUAGGAGACUCUUUCAUAAUGCUGCUCUUCGCAAACACAGGAAAGAGGUGACCGAACGUAUGGAUGUGCUGAAGAGCACUGGAGGUAGCAGAGGCAAUGGUGAGCUGGUGUUGGAUGCUGAAAACCCUACAUCACCCAGGGGUGUGCAGUAUCCAUUUGUAGUGGGCGAGAGGGUCCUGAUCAUGGGAAACAGAAGGACGCCUGAUAAAUUUGUUGGGAAGGAGGCAGUCAUCACAUCGCAGUGCUUGAAUGGCUGGUAUCUUGUGAAGGCGGUUGAUAGCGGGGAAAGCAUACGGCUGCAGUAUCGGUCGCUGAAGAAAGUGUCGGAGCUGCAGCUUCAGUCAGAGAUGAGGUUGCAGCCACUCACCUUCCUGCACAACAAAUACCCCAGUAGUGGCAGCUGAGUUGAUUGACUAUCAUCAGUCUUAAAACAAAAAAAAAAGAAAGGAGAAGCAUAUACUGUAGCAGAAUAGUCAUGAGGCAUGCAUCGCCAUCAAGCGUGUUUUGUUGUAGUAAUACUAAUAAAAAGGUCAGUUAGAAAAGUGUGGUGAUAGUUAAUCUGGUGAUGAUAUGAAAAGGGUCUAUCCUAUUGGAAGGAGAAAUGUCAUGUGGGGGUUAUUAAAAGGACAUAAAGAGUUUGCUAGGAAGUUCCAAAUUCCUAGCGGUGGAUGCAGCGGGUCAGCCAAGCCAAACCACAAACCAAACUGACUUUUCUACUGCACUGCAACGCACCAGUAGAUGCCAGUUGGUAAUUCUUGAUCCAAGCGUGAAAAUGUGUAACUGGACCGGCUGGGCACUUGCAGAAAAAGUCGAUAAAUGUGUUGUGUUUGCUGUGA